ACUCAUCACAUGACGUCGAAUAUCUCUUGGGUCUAGAGUAAGAGAUAGUGGGUCUGGUUUAAAUAAAAAAAGAUAAAAAAUCCAGUACAUACUCAAGUAAACUCUUGAUUGAAUUGAUACCGCGACUACUGACAGUACAGUUUAAUUUUUUAAAAAUUUAUAUCCACAAUUACAUUUACCGUCACUACGUUAACGUACACCAGGACCAGGUCUACUGUCUUGUCUUGUCUAGUUUAGUGACGACAUCGUGGGUGUGAUUGUUACGUGUUACGACAACCUUUUUAUUUGUGGUUUUUUUUAAAUAAUAUUCAAAAUGAGCACACCCUCAGUACUUCCAGAACAGAAUCCGAUCUACGGACCAUUUUUCGGUGUAAUGGGCGCUGCCUCCGCCAUUAUAUUUUCCUCGCUGGGAGCGGCGUAUGGAACCGCGAAGGCUGGAACGGGAAUCGCAGCGAUGUCUGUGAUGAGACCAGAAUUGAUAAUGAAAUCGAUAAUUCCAGUUGUUAUGGCUGGUAUUAUUGCAAUUUAUGGUUUGGUCGUCGCUGUAUUGAUUGCUGGACAAUUGGGGGAACCUUCUGGUUACUCCUUGUAUCAAGGUUUCAUUCACUUGGGUGCUGGUCUAGCAGUAGGAUUUGCCGGUCUGGCCGCUGGUUUCGCUAUUGGAAUAGUUGGUGACGCAGGAGUAAGAGGAACAGCCCAGCAGCCGCGUCUCUUCGUCGGUAUGAUUCUUAUCCUCAUCUUCGCCGAGGUACUCGGUCUCUACGGUCUCAUCGUCGCCAUCUAUCUCUACACAAAAGGAGGAGCAAAGUAAUUAUCCAAACCCGCUUACUGCCGCCUGGUCUACAUCUCAAAGAAAAAAAAAACAAUAACAGUAACAGUAACCAUCAACUAAAAAAAUUAUUUUCGACGCUGAUACCGUCGCUCUCAUAUCCGAUAUUAUUUCCAGUGAUCGAAUUACAAUAAUUUUUAAAUAAUUAUCGAUUGUAAAUUUAUAAUUCCCAUGUAGAUAUUUUUUUAAUUACCAAUUAAACAGGCGGCAUUAAUUUUAAUUAUCGUUAUUAUUAUUAUUAAAUUUUUUUUUUUAAUUUUAAUAUUAAAAAAUAUUUUGUCACAAAUCAGGCCACUGUAAAAAAAAAUUCUUUUUUUUAAAUUAAUUAAUUGAUUGAUUGAUUAAUCAAUUAAUUAAUAUAUUUAGCACAAUUAAAAUAAAAUAAUAAUUGUAUUACAUGUAAAUUUAAUUAAUAGAAAUUUAUAAAUUCUCUAAAUGUGAAGAAAAAAAAAAUUAUUAGAAAUUAAUUUUUUUUUUUUUUUUUUUUAAUUUUAAUUUUAAUUAAUGAUUAAUAAUUAAUGAAUGUAUGAUAGUAUUAAGUCAAUUUGAGAGGCUUGACAUAAUGAAUUUGAUUAUAUCAUUUAUUUGAAAUAAUAAUUAAUUGAUGAAAUUAAUUACGGAGGCCAGUAAUUAAUUUUUGAUGAUUAAUUGGUUCAUUAUGUCAUGUUAAUGUAAAUUAAUAAAAUUGAUUAAAAUAAAUAUUAAUGACGGAUUGAAAAUAAAAGAAAUAAUUUGCAUUGUACAUUCCAUUGAAUUUUGAGUACAGAGCGAGAUUCAAAUAAAUUGGUAUCGAAAUUUGAAGAUCGAUAUAUCGAAAUUUAAAAAUCGAUUAUUUUUAGUGAUAAUAUUGAUAAUAAUUGAGAAUAAAAAUUUAAAAUUCGAUAUAUCGAAAUUUUGAGAUUGAUAUAUCGAAUUGCAUAUCGAUUAUUUUUCACGAUAGCGAUCAGAAUAAUCGAUAAAAAUUAAAAAAUCGAUAUAUCGAAAUUUUGAGAUCGAUAUAUCGAAGUUUCAAAAUCGAUACAUCGAAUUGCAUAUCGAUUAUUUUUCAUGAUAAUCGAUGGUUAAUAAUAAUUAAAAAAUUAAUAUAUCGACAUUUUAAAAUCGAUACAUCGAAGUUUUAAAAUCGAUGGAUCGAAGCUGUAAGAUCGAUAUAUCGAAGCAUUAAUACUAAUAUCUGAUAUUAAAAAAAAUUUAUAUAAUUACAUUUGAAAGUCGAUACAUCGAUAGUUAAACAAUCGAUCAAUCGAAUGACUAGAAUCGAUUUUGAAAUGAUCGAUGUAUCGACUGAAUAAAAUCGUUAUAUCAAAGUUUGAAUAAUAUAUAUAUAUAUAUAUAUAUAUAUAUAUAUAUAUAUAUGAUAUGAAUACAGUCCAUGUAUCGAAAUUUAAGAAAUCGAUGCAUUGAACUACUAAAAUCGAUAUAUCGAAAUUCAAAUAAUCGAUUAAUUGAAUGACUAAAAUCGAUUUAAAUAAUCGAUAUAUUUACCAACUAAAUUUGAUAUUUCGAAGUUUGGAUAAUCGAUACAUCGAACUAUUAAAAUCGAUAUAUCGAAGUUUAAAUAAUCGAAUAAUCGAACUUCAAGUUUCGAUAUGAGAAAUGAAGAAAAAAUCACUUUAUCAGUCUCAAAAAAUAAACAAUCGAA